UCUUUUCUACGCGACUCGGGCGGGCAAUUUGAGCGGAAUGCUGCUGCUGUGUCCGUGUGGUUGAGAUACUGCGGUGUUAAUCAUAAAGUAAAUCGGCGGAGGACUUGUUAUUUCGUAAGGGAAGGUUCACUACGACGGAGGUGAUGCCCCUGAGCACGAUGUCGGAGUCGGAUAACCGCAGACGGUCGGCGCGGUUGAGUUCUCCUCCACAGGCUAAAAGUGACAAUAAAAUGGCGCUGGCAUCUGUUGCUCACAAACGCUCCAUAACGGUGAGGAAAAUUGCGCCCAGGAAAACUGUCGCACCAUCGGAGCACGACAAGGAAAACACGCCGAGGCGGCCUGAGUCGGAAAACGUUGAGCAGAAAAAGCCUAAAGUCUCCACUUCUGGUGCUGGUCCGGGCCGUAAGAGCUCCUCCUCGGCCGAGAAGAAGAAGCAGCAGCAGCAGCAGAAGAAGAAGAAGAAGGCCGCUAUGCCAUCACCGAUCCUCCCGUCCUCACCGCCGCCCCCUUCUUGCUCCCAGCAGCCGGAUCCGGAGGACCUGGUGUGGUCGCAGAAAGCACGCCGGUCCUACAGCAGACUCAGCGACAACUCCUUCAACCGCCCCGACUCUCGUGAGACUAUGUUCGGAUUCGAGAAGCUGAGCACCCCGGAGGUUUUGAAAGUGGGGCCACCUAAGACCGGCUUGGACGUUUCUGGCUCCGUGUCUGGCCUGAACUCGUUCGUGUCUUUGCUUGAGGCCGAAGACGGUGGCUCAGCUCUCCCCGAGCCGGACAUGAACAUCCCCGGAGUGGUCGUGGCGAAGGAGAAGAAGAGGAGGAAGAAGAUCCAGCAGAUAGACAACACGGAGCUGGACGCCCUGGCAGCGGUGAUGAACGCAGAGUUUGAGGAGGCGGAGGAGUUUGAGCUGGUGGUGGAGUGAAUACUGACACUUAAAGCAUGUUUGUUUUUGUCUCUGACAUGCAGAAAAACACUCACUCCAGGAGGAAAAACAAAAAAACACUUCAUAUGUGUGUGUUUCAUACUACUUUGUAUAUUUCCAGCCUUUUUUUAUGUUGUAAAGUUUGAUUCUUGGGAUUUUAUUUUGUGUGUUUGUUUUUGAUUAAAUGCUCUUAAUGUGCUUUAUGUCAUUAUGUGGAGGCUUACAGGAAGAGUAGUCAGUGAAAGUAGUCAAAGGUUCUUUCCUUUACAUUAGACAUGUUUAUACAGAUUUGCUUUAUUAUACUGAGCAUGUUAAAUAUUUAGUUUUCAAAUGUUGGACUUUAAUUGAUGUAAUUGUGAUGGCAGAUGAUCCAAAGUUAAAUGUUUGGUACGCUUAAAUAUGAUGGAUUUUAUGUGUACGGUUAAGUUGCCUGCCUCGAAGACUGACUGACAUUUUUCUCCAUUGUUCUUGUUAUUACAGUGGUUGGAAAAAUAACACACAUGGGCAGUAAUUCAGACAUCAGGAUCUUUUCCAUUAAUAAUGUAUCUACAGCCGCAUUUAAUUGGCUUAAAAAAAACAGGAUUAGGGAGACAACACCCAAUCAGUGCUGUUCUUUGACUGUUUAUCAAGUUUAACAAACACAGAAAAAUAAGUUUUUUGUAUUUUACAUGUAAAUAAAUGUUUAAAAAAUGAAAUCACCAGA